AUGAGUUACGGUUACGCGAUGUCAUCUGAUAGAAAUGAGUGGCUUGUUUAUCGGGCUGGAUUAAAAAAGCGUCCACCAUUUGACGACGACGUAAACACAGAUAAGGGUCCAACAUUUGACGACGACGAAAACACAGUCAAGGGUAAGUAAGUAUUUUGUGAAAGACGAAUGAAGUUUUGUGAUCAUAUCUAUGAACUUCAUCCAUACCUAUACCCAGAAUUAAACUUUAAACUUAAAUUUCCCGCCCGUUCAUGGUCCUUGCGAGUUUAUUUCCCAUACCAUCAUAAGUCGUUCGCCAAAAAUAAUAAUUCUGUUUUUUCUCUCAGUUUUUGUGAUUAGUCUUUAGUGACAAAACAUAUAUGGACGGGUCGAACCUGCUGCCCUUUCCACCCUUUUCUUCGCGUCUUUAUGUUAGAUGUGCAACUCUUAAUAACAUCAUCCGUCCACAUCCACGCUCCUUCUUUAUUUCCCAGGUAUUCGUAAGGGAUUUUGGUUGGCCUUUGUCGUUUUUAUCACAGCGAGGAAAUAGUCUGGAUAAGGAAAUGUUCAGAAAAGAAAAAUCGUGAUAACACAUUACAGCAUACGGUACUGUAAUUCUGCUGUCUACGAAUUCGAAGCCCAUCUAAACUUCUAAAGUAAUUCGUUCUUCUUGGCACGAAGUUCUAUUGUUCACGCAGUCGUGUGCCUACUACAUGCACACACACUGUGCAUAACGCACGUUAUAAAACACCAAGAUGAGUGGUUUGCAUUUGUGGAAACAGCAAUUUUUCCAAAAAAUCUAAUUCUAGGAUGUUAGUUUCAAAAAAUUUCCUAAUUGUCUAUGCAAAACUAAACCAACUGGGUCAUAAAAUAUAGCCCCUUGUCUUAAGCAGGGUAGCGAAAUGCGCCAAAUUUUUGUCUUAACCAGGGUCGGGGUAUGAAGGCCUCGACGGCAUACUUCUAUACUUAACGUCUCCCCUGAACCCGAUAAUUUCACUUUCGACUUAAUCUCCCAUCUCCCUUCAGGGUGGCAAAGAGGGGUACCUAUCACGCACCAUGCCGAUUUUAUCACGUAUCACGGAAAAAUGAAAUAAAAUCAUUUGAUAUGAGGAAAUCAGCGGUCGAGGAACGAGAAAAAAGGCCAAGAAGUUGGUGCCAUAACUACCUAUUUUCAUGUUUCUGCUUCUAGUUUCAAAUUAUAUUAACCAUCACGGAAAUUUCAAAGGAAAAUCACUCGUCACGCAUUGUGAAAAUUUUAAAUCACGCAUGACGCUACUAUGCUGAAUCACGUCUCACGCGGCUAAUUUGCGCCCGAUCACGCAUCACGCUGAUAAUUUGGGUCCCAUCAUCCAUCACGGAAAACCCCUUUGCCACUCUGGCCCUUGAAACUCCUGCCACGUACAGUGACGGGGACUCCGAAGGAUGAUGAGAGGGAGUUAUUAAUAAUUUUAUCUUGUUUCCAGUAUGGCUAGUCACGAAUCGGAAUUUGUACUAUCCGCUUCACCAAGACUGGUAUCGAAAGAGACAACUAACCGUACGAACAAAACCAGAUGUUUGUUUAUGGCAAACUAAGGUUACUAACUCAGAGAACUUAAUCGUCGAAGAUCAUCCGAAGUUUCGGGGAGUUUGCGUGAUUCAAUUAAAAAAGAUAGUUGAAAGUUAACUGUGUUAAGUUCAGUUAGAUGUAAAGUAUCCAUGACGUAGAAGCAGCUCAGUAUGGAGCUAACAGUCAGGCGAGUUUUUUUUUCAGUGGCUGUAACUUCCUAACUUGGUUUUACAAGGAGUCGACUGGUAUGGGCUACAUUAUAUGGUGUAGAUAAAAGUUACAGAAAACGUGAUUUUUUUUUCCCGGUUUCCACGGAUGAUCGAAAAAGUCGUUGCCGUUUUUGGAUUUUAUCACUGUUGUGAUCCUGAAAUCUAAAAAAAACUCCCUUGAAUACAAAUAUAUCUAAAAUGUUUGGUUGAAGUUUCCAGUUGCUCUUACAAACUGAAGCGGGCCAUAUUAAAAGUCAACACUGCUUUUUGCUUUCCUGGAGAUUGCAUUAGUUUUACCUUCUAGUGGACGUAAACUUUUAGUUCGUUAGCGCUGUUCUGAUAAAAUAUAGGAAAGAAACUGCUUCGUUUUCUUCAUAGCAUUAAAUGAUAAUUCUUCCUUCCUGCAGUAGACACCAUGACCAGUGACUUUGACUAUAAAGUCCGGAAAAGACUAGGAUUGGAACCAAGAGAGGACGAAGGACCUUUAUUCUCUCUUGAUUGGAACCUUCUCCUCGUCUUUAAUAAGGUGUAGCCGUUUUGGGUAUAAAAAAAUGAAACUUCGGUAUACAGUAUACAAAUUUCCUCCUGUGCUUUAUAAUCACAGAGCGCCAAGAAAUCCACAGCCUCUAAAGGAGAAGAAAAAAGAGAACUCAUCUCAGAAUUAAGGAGAUCAUUAAAGUGGGUUAAAACAAGUCCCUUUGAAUGUCAAAGAGGAGUGUUACUCAUAAGCUUUAGUAUGCUAGUGUACGCCAUAAAUGUCUACUUGGAUGACAACGAUCCAAAAACCCCCGAAGACUUUAAUUUCCAGGCGGAAAUAAAGGCUGCAAGCCACUGGGAUUGGUUGGAUGACGAAAACCGAUGUCUUGAGCUUGGGCCUUACGAUGAUCGUCGCGUAAAAUUAGCUGCGGAAAGACAUUUCAUAAAUGGGUUGAGGAACUGA